GCAGUGCUGCUGGCACGCUGCAGCGAGAGCGAGGCGCGGUGUGCCACCCUAGAGGCCGAGUCAAAGGUGUGGGCGCGGGAGAGAGAGGAGUCCGCGGCUAGAAUGGACGCUCUGAGGCGGGACCACGAAAGGAUGACGGCGUUGCAACAGCGUCAGGAGGUGGAGCUGGAGGAGCUGGUGGAAAAGCACUCUCAACUGAGGAACAACAAUCGCAGCCUGGAGGCCCAGCAUCGAGAGCUGGAGGGCAGGUACAAGGAGCUCUUGGAUGGCAAAACCCAGCUGGAGGAGAGAGAGCGGGAGAUGAAGACGGAAAGAGAGAAGAUGGAAACGGAGGCCCAGAGGAGGCUGGAGAGAGAACGAGAGCUGGAGAGGCUGAAAGAAGACAAUGACAG